UUUUUUUUUUUUAUCAAUAUAAAAAUGGUUGCUUCUAGUUCAUUAGACGUUGUACCUGACGAUCCAACAGCUUAUAAGACUAAACAAUAUUGGGAAGAGCGAUAUCAAAAAGAAGAUUUAAAUACUACUUUUGACUGGUUUAAAACAUAUGCUGAUUUAAAACCAUUUUUAAAUGAAGCUAUUCCAAACAAGGAUGCCAAGAUCCUUAUGCUUGGAUGUGGCAAUUCAACCCUAGGUGAAGACAUGUAUAAUGAUGGAUACAAAAACAUUGUAAACAUUGAUUAUUCAAAAACAGUUAUUGAAAAUAUGAAGAUGCGUUGUGCUGAUAAACCUGAAAUGUCAUGGUUAGAAAUGGACAUUCGUGAUUUGAAGUUUGACAACGAGUCAUUUGACGCUGUUAUUGAUAAAGGUACUAUGGAUGCUCUGAUGUGCGAUCGUGGCGAUGUUUGGGAUCCUUCAGAGGAACUCAUUAAUGACGUUAAAGGAGAAGUUGAUGAAGUGCAAAGAGUUUUAAAAGUAGGAGGCACAUUUUUAUAUAUCACAUUUGGUCAACCUCAUUUCCGCAAGAGACAUCUUGUAAGGGAUUGUUGGACUCUUGAUAUUAAAACAAUGGGAGAAGCCUUUCAUUACUUUUUUUAUCGUAUGGUUAAAAUGAAUCCUGUGGCUUAGACUAUUUGCAUGGAUAAGCAUAAAAGUAAAUAUGUAUACAUAAAUAG